CAAAAGCUGGCAGGCUGACAAACAGGCAGCUUACAGGACGGACUCUCUGGCUACUGACCAUUUAGCUGUGGCAUACCCGGAUUGUGUGUGGGUGGGAAGUCGACAAUGAGCUCUGUGGCAGUUUUGACCCAGGAGAGCUUUGCUGAACACCGCAGCGGCCUGGCCCAGCAGCAAGUGAAAGUUACAGCUUUAAACUCUGAAGAAGAGAAUGAUCCUCCAACCUACAAGGAAGCCUUCCCUCCACUCCCUGAGAAAGCACCAUGCUUGGAAACUGCCCAGGAACCCAGUGGUCCCUGGAGCAAAAUUCGACCAAUAAAGGCUUCUGUCAUCACUCAGGUGUUUCAUGUGCCGCUGGAGGAGAGGAAAUACAAGGACAUGAAUCAGUUUGGAGAAGGCGAGCAGGCCAAGAUCUGCCUUGACAUCAUGCAGAAGACAGGAGCUCACCUGGAGCUGUCUCUUGCAAAGGACCAGGGCCUUUCCAUCAUGGUCUCUGGCAAGCUGGAAGCAGUCAUGAAGGCUCGGAAGGAAAUUGUUGCUCGACUGCAGACUCAGGCUUCAGCGACAGUUGCCAUCCCCAAGGAGCACCACCGUUUUGUCAUUGGAAAGAAUGGUGAGAAGCUGCAGGACCUGGAGCUCAAAACUGCAACCAAGAUCCAGAUCCCCCGCCCAGAUGACCCCAGCAACCAGAUCAAGAUCACUGGCACUAAAGAAGGGAUUGAAAAGGCCCGACACGAGAUCCUGCUGAUCUCUGCUGAGCAGGAUAAGCGUGCCGUGGAGCGGCUGGAUGUGGAGAAAGUGUACCAUCCCUUCAUUGCUGGCCCUUACAACAAGCUGGUGAGUGAGCUCAUGCAGGAGACAGGGACACGCAUCAACAUUCCUCCACCCAGCGUUAACAAGACAGAGAUAGUCUUCACAGGGGAAAAGGAGCAGCUGGCCCAGGCUGUGGCUCGUGUUAAGAAGAUCUAUGAGGAGAAGAAAAAGAAGACUACUACCAUCGCUGUGGAGGUGAAGAAGUCCCAGCACAAGUAUGUCAUCGGCCCCAAGGGUAAUUCCCUGCAGGAGAUCUUGGAGAAAACUGGAGUCUCUGUCGAGAUCCCACCCACUGACAGUAGCUCAGAGACGGUGAUACUGCGAGGCGAGCCUGAAAAGCUUGGGCAAGCAUUGACUGAAGUCUAUGCAAAGGCCAACAGUUUUACCGUCUCCUCGGUCUCAGCCCCCUCUUGGCUUCAUCGUUUCAUCAUUGGAAAGAAAGGACAAAACCUGGCCAAAAUAACUCAGCAGAUGCCAAAGGUUCACAUCGAAUUCACUGAAGGAGAAGACAAAAUCACUUUGGAAGGACCUACAGAAGAUGUGAAUGUGGCUCAGGAACAGAUUGAAGUCAUGGUCAAGGAUCUGAUCAGCCGGAUGGAUUAUGCAGAAAUCAAUGUUGACCACAAAUUCCACCGACACCUCAUUGGCAAGAAUGGAGCUAACAUUAACAGGAUUAAGGAUCUCUACAAGGUGUCUGUGCGCAUUCCCCCGGACAAUGAGAAGAGCAACCUGAUCAGAAUUGAAGGAGACCCACAGGGGGUCCAACAGGCCAAGAAAGAGCUGCUGGAACUCGCUUCCCGUAUGGAAAAUGAACGCACCAAGGACCUAAUCAUUGAGCAGAAAUUCCACCGGACCAUCAUUGGGCAGAAGGGAGAGCGGAUCCGGGAAAUCCGGGAGAAAUUCCCAGAGGUUAUCAUCAACUUCCCAGACCCUGCACACAAGAGUGACAUUGUCCAACUCAGAGGUCCCAAAAACGAGGUGGAGAAGUGCACCAAGUACAUGCAAAAGAUGGUGGCAGACCUGGUUGAAAACAGCUUUUCUAUUUCUGUUCCCAUCUUCAAACAAUUCCACAAGAACAUUAUAGGGAAAGGAGGUGCCAACAUUAAGAAGAUCCGUGAAGAAAGCAACACCAAAAUAGAUCUCCCAGCUGAGAACAGCAACUCAGAGACAAUUGUUAUCACAGGCAAAAGAGCAAACUGUGAGGCUGCUCGCCACAGAAUUUUGGCUAUCCAAAAGGAGCUGGCCAACAUCACAGAGGUGGAAGUCUCUAUUCCUUCCAAACUCCACAAUUCCCUCAUUGGCACCAAAGGCCGCUUCAUCCGCUCCAUUAUGGAGGAAUGUGGUGGAGUCCACAUCCACUUCCCUACAGAGGGCUCUGGCAGUGACACUGUGACCAUCAGGGGCCCAGCCCAGGAUGUGGAGAAGGCCAAGAAACAGCUGCUACAUCUGGCAGAGGAGAAGCAAACAAAGAGUUAUACUGUGGACCUCCGUGCAAAGCCAGAGUACCACAAAUUCCUUAUCGGUAAGGGUGGUGGCAACAUCCGUAAGGUGCGAGACAACACAGGGGCCCGCAUCAUCUUCCCCACCUCUGAGGACAAAGAUCAGGAACUGAUCACUAUCAUGGGAACAGAGGAGGCUGUCAAAGAGGCACAGAAAGAGCUGGAGGCCCUCAUCAAGAACUUGGAUAACGUGGUUGAAGACUCCAUGGUGGUUGACCCCAAACACCACCGCCACUUUGUCAUCCGUCGAGGACAAGUUCUCCGUGAGAUUGCAGAUGAAUAUGGUGGUGUGAUGGUCAGCUUCCCGCGUUCUGGUACCCAGAGCGAUAAAGUCACCCUCAAGGGAGCCAAGGAUUGUGUGGAGGCAGCCAAGAAACGCAUCCAGGAGAUCAUCGAGGACCUGGAAGCUCAAGUGACAAUCGAAUGCACCAUUCCACAAAAGUUCCACCGCUCCAUUAUGGGCCCCAAAGGAUCCCGAAUCCAACAGAUCACCCGGGACUAUGGUGUUCAGAUCAAAUUCCCUGACAGGGAGGAAACCCCAGCCCCUGUUGUGGAGCCAGCUGUGCAGGAGAAUGGUGAGGAAAGUGGGGAAGGCAAGGAAGGGAAGGACACAGAUCCCAGCUCUCCAAAGAAGUGUGAUAUCAUCAUCAUCUCUGGCCGCAGGGAGAAGUGUGAGGCAGCAAAGGAAGCGCUCCAGGCUUUGGUUCCUGUCACCAUUGAGGUGGAAGUUCCCUUUGAUCUUCACCGUUACAUCAUAGGCCAGAAAGGAAGUGGGAUCCGCAAAAUGAUGGAUGAGUUUGAAGUGAACAUCCAGGUGCCUGCUCCUGAGCUGCAGUCAGAUAUCAUCACAAUCACUGGGCUGGCUACCAACCUGGACCGUGCCAAGGUUGGGCUCCUGGAAAGAGUGAAGGAGCUGCAAGCUGAACAAGAGGAUCGGGCCCUACGAAGCUUCAAACUGACAGUCACUGUAGAUCCCAAGUACCACCCUAAAAUCAUUGGGAGGAAGGGAGCAGUGAUCACUCAGAUACGCACAGAGCAUGAGGUCAACAUCCAGUUCCCUGACAAAGAUGAUGAAAGCCAGGCCCAAGACCAGAUCACCAUUACUGGCUAUGAGAAGAAUGCUGAGGCUGCCCGGGAUGCCAUCAUGAAGAUCGUGGGUGAGCUGGAGCAGAUGGUUUCCGAGGAUGUGACUCUGGACCAUCGUGUUCAUGCACGCAUCAUUGGUGCACGUGGAAAAGCUAUCCGCAAAAUCAUGGAUGAGUUCAAGGUAGAUAUUCGCUUUCCCCAGAGUGGAGCUCCUGACCCCAACUGUGUGACUGUGACAGGACUCCCUGAGAAUGUGGAAGAAGCUAUUGAUCACAUCCUGAACUUGGAGGAGGAAUAUCUUGCAGAUGUGGUGGACAACGAGGCAAUGCAGGUGUACAUGAAGCCCUCCUCACAUGAAGAGUCCAAGGCCCCAUCCAAGGGCUUUGUGGUGAGAGAUGCCCCCUGGGCCACCGUCAACAACGAGAAGGCCCCUGAUAUGAGCAGUUCCGAAGACUUCCCCAGCUUUGGGGCUCAAGUGGCCCCCAAGACUCUUCCCUGGGGACCCAAACGAUAAUGACCUGGAAGCAGAAACUCCUCCAGCCCGCUGACCUGACACUAACCUGCCACAAAUACUUCCUGUCUGAAAUCUGACCCAGCGGCUGGAGCACAUAUCAAUUGUCCCAAGAGGUCUCCUAAUGGUGUCUGGAGUGCUAGACCCCAUCCUGCUCCCCUCAGCUAAUCACCGUGUCUAGGACCCACCCUCAUCUCUUGAUGGAUAUUCUUUCCUCCUUUGGAACAAGACUUCCACUCAGAUUCAAACACUAAAUGUGUGUGUUUUUGUUAGAACCUUCAUAAUUGACUUCAAGUGGCUAAGAUUUGCAGCUUCCCAAGCGCUAGCAGAGCAAUCUGCUCUUGAGCAUGUCUGACUAGGCAUUCUCGCCUUCAUUAGGAGACCUCCUUUACUGUGGCUAGGAAUCUACUUCCUGUCUCAUGACCUCAGGAAAUAAAUUUCCUUGACUUUCUAAAGCCAAAA